CAGUUUGACUUCCCCCAUGAAGUGGUUGUCAUCUCCCUUCAUGGGUCUAUUGGCUUCGACACAUCAAAAGAUGGAGGCGAGCGCUGUGAUUGGCUGAGGAGCCUCCGGGGACUUCUCCCGUGAUGCAUCAAACCGGCUGCGUGGAUCAUCUGGAUGGAUCAUCUGUCUGAUUCACUCCCCACUGCGUGCACGUUCAAGGAGAAGAGGAGCGGUCGUGUUCCUCUACCUGUUGGGGCUUCACCCACACCCCGAGCCCGGUGCAGCAAGUGAACCACACACACCUACUCCCAGGGCCCUUCUAAUCCGGGCCUAGCAUUUCGGAUCCGUUUGACCUCCGAGGAGGAUGCAUGGGCAUUAAGAACAUCUCCCAUGUGAGCCCGUCGAGUGCCUUCCCUCUCGGAGCCAUGUCAGGGGGCGUUUUCACUGCAUGUUCCCUCGCCUGAUUUCCCCCCUUCGCAGCAUCGGGAGCGCAGAGCCAGCCUCCAACCAGACUGCGCGGUUCCUGCUCGCUCUGUGGGGGUUUCCUGAGGUCUGGGAGGCAGCGACGUCCGAGGACAGCGAACGGGCACAAGGACAACAAAGCGCCGCCUGUCACCGGAGGAUUCGUCGGUCUUUCCGUGCAGGAGCAUCUGGGACAAAACAGGAUGUCAGCCAGAGGAGGAAAGAAGAAGGCCACCAAGCUGUCCCGUUCAGCCAGGGCGGGCGUCAUCUUCCCCGUGGGAAGGAUGAUGAGGUACUUGCGCACCGGCACGCACAAAUACCGCAUUGGCAUGGGGGCGCCGGUCUACAUGGCAGCCGUCAUCGAGUACCUGGCAGCUGAGAUCUUGGAGUUGGCAGGAAACGCAGCGCGGGACAACAAGAAAGGCCGAAUCACUCCCAGACACAUCAAGCUGGCUGUGGCCAACGACGAGGAGCUCAACCAGCUCCUGAGGGGCGUCACCAUAUCAAACGGAGGCGUCCUGCCCCGGAUCCACCCGGAGCUGCUCUCCAAGAAGAGGGGCAACAGGGUGAAAGUGGACAGCCCGGCGUCCAUCCCCGAGAAGAAGGUCGAACGCUCGAAGAGCAAGAAACCUGUCAAGUCCUUCAAAAAGGUCAAAGGGAAGCGAGGACGCAAGCCAAAGAGCACAGACAGCGAGUCGGUACCGAACUCCACAGUGGAAGACAGUCCGGGGGACGGGUUCACCAUCCUGUCAGCCAAGAGCCUGUUCCUGGGACAAAAGCUUUCACUCACGGAGAGCGAAAUCAGCAAAAUCGGAGCGAUCAAAGUGGAGGGCAUAAUUAACCCCACGAACGCAGAGAUGGACCUGAAAGACGGAGUGGGCAACGCCCUGGAGAAGGCCGGAGGCCGAGAGUUCCUGGAUGCGGUCAAGGAGCUGCGGAAAGCACAGGGGCCUCUGGAGGUGGCUUCAGUGGCCGUGAGCCAGGCCAGCGGGAUGGCCGCCCGCUUCAUCAUCCACUGUAACGUCCCUCAGUGGGGCUCAGAGAAGUGUGAGGACCAGCUGGAGAAGACGGUGAAGAACUGCCUCUCUGCAGCGGAGGACAAGAAGCUGAAGUCCGUGGCGUUCCCGGCUCUUCCUGCUGGACGGAACGGGUUCCCCAAGCAAACGGCCGCCCAGCUCAUCCUCAAGGCCAUCUCCAACCAUUUUGUGUCGUCCAGCAGCUCCUCCCUGAAAAACAUUUACUUUGUGCUGUUCGACAGCGAGAGCAUCGGCAUCUACCUUCAGGAAAUGGCCAAGCUGGACGCCAAGUAGGAGUUUUCUAACUGUCGUGUGUUGCAGGUGGUGUCGAUAGGGGACAAGACCGUGUGUGUGUGUGUGUGUGUGUGUGUGUGGGGAGGGCGGGGGGUAGGGGGAGGGGGGUUUGAUGUGGAAUCUGUGUUGGUUAAAGAGGGGAAACAAAUGUGUGUGAGUGGAGUGCUGUUCUCAUGUGCGUCCCACUGUCCUCCAUCAGAUUGUAUUCUUUAUAGAGUAGAUCAUUUGAGUCCGUGCAGUCCGUCAUGACGUCCCUCGUUUCAAUGAUGUUUUUACAUUCCAUGUACAAAUAGAACAGUUUUGCCUCCCUGUAGUUUCUGAUACACUUAGUUUACUAAAAAACUGUGGUUCUCAUUCCGCUUUGAAAUAAAACCUCAGAUGUUUUACACCAGA